UUUCUCUGCGCCAUCUAUGGCAUGUAUUGUCCGAGCUCCCUCUGCUGGCUAAGCUUGUACUCAGCAGUUCACUCGUGAAUUUGUGAUCAGAUCCUGUGAGUGCGUGCGCCAUCUGCUGGGUGACAGUGGGAUUUGCUGGUUGCUUUUCCUUCCGGGGGAAAUCAUGGCGCAGGGAGCCUUGGUGAAAGAGCAGAAGUAUGACCGGCAGCUCAGGUUAUGGGGCGAUCAUGGGCAGGAAGCUCUGGAGUCAGCUCAUGUGUGCCUGAUAAAUGCCACAGCCACUGGCACCGAGAUCCUGAAGAACUUAGUGUUGCCAGGUAUUGGCUCCUUCACCAUUGUGGAUGGUAAUGUGGUCAGUGGAGAGGAUGUUGGUAACAACUUUUUCCUCCACAGAAGUAGCAUUGGAAAGAGUCGGGCUCAGACCUCUAUGGAGCUGUUGCAAGAAUUGAAUGAAGACGUCACAGGCAAUUUUAUAUCUGAGAAUCCGGACCAGCUUUUAGACAAUGAUCCAUCCUUCUUCAGCAAAUUCACUCUAGUGAUCGCCACUCAGCUGUCAGAGAGCACUUUGCUGCGUUUGGCUGAAACACUCUGGAGCGCUAACAUUCCUCUGUUGGUUUGCCGGACAUAUGGCUUUGUUGGCUACAUGAGGAUUAUCGUGAAAGAACAUACUGUUGUUGAAUCCCAUCCUGACAAUGCCUUAGAGGAUCUGAGGCUGGACCAGCCUUUUACUGAGCUCAGGGAACAUCUCCAGUUAUAUGACCUGGACCGUAUGGAGAGAAAGGAUCACAGUCACACUCCAUGGAUUAUUGUGGUGGCCAAGUACUUAGAGAAAUGGCAUAGAGAGAACGCAGGAAGAAUGCCCAAGAGUUAUAAAGAAAAGGAAGCCUUCCGAGAUCUCCUCAGACAAGGUGUUCUAAAGAAUGAGCAUGGAGCACCUGAAGAUGAGGAGAAUUUUGAGGAAGCUGUGAAGAACGUGAAUACGGCACUUAACACAACAAAGGUCCCCAGCAACAUUGAGGAGAUAUUUAGUAAUGAACGAUGCAUGAACAUAACUCAACAGUCUUCUGACUUUUGGAUUUUGGCUCGAGCUGUUAAGGAGUUUACAGCGGCUGAAGGGAAAGGGAAUCUGCCUCUGCGAGGAACAAUCCCAGAUAUGAUUGCAGACUCGGAUAAGUUCAUUAAGCUGCAGAAUGUGUAUCGGGAGAAAGCAAAAAAUGAUGCUGCUACUGUGGAAAACUAUGUAUCUAAACUCCUGCAGUCUAUUGGCAGACCCCCAGAAAGCAUAUCUGAAAAAGAUAUCCGCCUUUUCUGCAGGAAUUGUGCUUUCCUUCGAUUUGUCUGGUGCAGAUCAUUAGCAGAAGAAUAUGGAUUGGACACUGCUAAAAAGGAUGACAUUAUUUCCUUUAUGGAGAAUUCAGAUAAUGAAAUUGUCUUCUAUUUGAUGAUGAGGGCUGUGGACAGGUUCUAUAAACAGCAUGGAAGAUAUCCAGGUGUUUAUAAUUAUCAAGUAGAUGGUGAUAUUGGAAAACUGAAGACCUGUCUGAAUAGUUUUCUUCAGGAAUAUGGGCUAUCGCUAAAUGUGAAGGAUGAAUAUAUCCAGGAAUUCUGUCGAUAUGGAGCUGCUGAACCCCACACCAUUGCGUCCUUCUUAGGAGGCGCGGCAGCACAGGAAGCCAUCAAAAUAAUAACCAAACAGUUUGUAAUAUUUAAUAACACUUUUAUUUACAACGCCAUGUUACAAACCUCUGCCACCUUCCAGUUGUAGACCCUUUAACAUUAUUUGUUCAUGUGUUACGUUAAUGUCUAUACUUUAGCAAUUCAAGAUAGAAAUGUUAUAAUAAAAAUGACUUCAAUAAAACCUCUCCACAUAAA